AAUGCAAUCUAAUCUAACACACCAAGUUUUCAUGUCUGUAUGCCAAAAUAAUUGACUGCUCAUAGGUUUGUUCCAGUGCUAAUUAAUUAAUUAGUUAGUUAGUAAGUAAUAGUACACAUGGCCUUAGAAAAUGGCAGUUAUUGCAUUCAAUAUCGCCAAACUUGCUAGUAUAAGGAACUCCACCACGGCACCACCCUUGCCAACAAAGGAACAAAGAAAGAAUCGUGGUUUUCGGCUGCUGCUGAGAUGAUGAAGAAGAAAUUCACAGUCAUAGUGGAAGAAGGCAAGAAGGGCCGGGAUGGGGAGCUCUCCGUGGGGCCCGUGUACCGGAAUCCUCUCUCCCAGCACGAAUACCCUCCCAUUGAGCCGGAGUCCUCCACUAUUUGGAAGAUUUUCAUAUCAUCGGUCGAAAAGCAUUCCGAUAAUAGGAUGCUAGGAUGGCGCGAGUUGCUGAAUGAUAAGUGGGGGCCUUAUAAAUGGAAGACUUACAGGCAAGUGUAUGAAGAGGUUUUACAAGCUGGUUCUGCUUUGAGGGCUCAUGGCUAUGAACCUGGUGCUCGAGUUGGAAUAUAUGGAAUGAACUGCCCUCAAUGGGUUGUGGCAAUGGAGGCUUGUAGCGCGCAUAGCUUAAUCUGCGUUCCUCUUUAUGACACACUCGGGCCGGGAGCUGUCAACUAUAUACUUGAUCAUUCUGAGAUCGAUGUUGUUUUCGUUCAAGACAAGAAAGUUAAACAACUCCUAAAUCCGGAAUGUGUUCAUGCUCAGAGGCUAAAAUUGAUGGUUUGCUUCACAUCAUUCACAGAGGAACAGAAGGAGAAGACUGCUGCAAUUGGUAUUCAAACAUAUUCAUGGAAUGAUUUUCUUAAUAAAGGGAAAGACAAUCCGUGCAAGGUGUCACCACCCGAGCCGGAUACCAUAUGCACGAUCAUGUACACGAGUGGCACGAGUGGUGAUCCGAAAGGAGUUGUUCUGACUCACGAAAACGUGGUGACCAACAUAAAAGGAGUCGAUCUCUUCAUGGAGCAGUUUGAAGACAAAAUGACCACGGACGAUGUGUAUAUAUCGUUCCUGCCCCUCGCUCACAUCCUUGAUCGAAUGAUCGAAGAGUAUUUCUUCCACAAGGGUGCUUCUGUUGGCUACUAUCAUGGGGAAAUCAAUGAGAUUAGGGAUGACUUGAUAGAGCUGAAGCCGACGUUUCUGGCAGGUGUUCCAAGAGUUUUCGAGCGAAUUCAUGAAGGAGUGUUGAAAGCACUUGAAGAUCUCAACUGGAGGAGGAGGGGAAUUUUCCACUUGCUUUACAGAUACAAGCUUCACUGGAUGAACAAAGGGUACAAACAGAAGGACGCGUCGCCCUUGGCCGAUUUCAUAGCUUUCAGGAAGGUCAAGAGCAGGCUAGGCGGGAGGCUGCGUCUCAUAGUCUCAGGGGGCGCCCCGUUGAGCAGUGAGGUGGAGGAGUUCCUUAGGGUCACCUCCUGUGCUUUUGUUACACAAGGAUAUGGUUUAACGGAGAGUUGUGGGCUGUCGACCCUUGGCUACCCGGACGAGAUGUCCAUGGUGGGAGCAGUCGGGUCAACAUUCGUUUACACUGAGCUGCGACUGGAGGAGGUUCCAGAGAUGGGGUAUGACCCUCUCGGGGAGCCUUCUCGUGGCGAGAUAUGCCUUAAGCCCAAGUCUCCGUUUGUCGGUUACUACAAGAACCCGGAAUUGACACAAGAAGCAGUGAUAGAUGGAUGGUUCCACACAGGUGACAUAGGAGAGAUGAUGCCUAAUGGAGUAAUAAAAAUCAUUGAUAGGAAGAAGAAUCUGAUCAAGCUCUCUCAAGGAGAGUAUGUUGCUCUUGAACAUCUUGAAAAAGUUUAUGGUAUUACACCUAUUGCUGAAGAUAUAUGGGUGUUCGGAGAUAGCUUCAAGUCGAUGCUGGUGGCGGUGGUGGUUCCAAACGAAGAAAACACGACGAAAUGGGCACAAAAGAAUGGGUACAAAGGGUCGUUUUUAGACCUAUGCAUCCUUGAUCAACUCAAUGAGUAUAUUCUUCUUGAGCUCAAGGCUACGGCCGAGAGAAACAAGUUGAGAGGAUUUGAGUAUAUCAAAGGUGUAAUUAUAGAGCCUCAGCUAUUCGAAUUAUCUGAAAAGGAAUUGGUGACUGCAACAUUGAAGAAAAGGAGAGACAGACUGCUCAAGCUGUACAAGGUGGAGAUUGACUCUCUUUAUAAAAAAUUAAGUGGAUCCAAGUCAUAAAUUUGGACACUGCAGCAGCAUUAUGCAGCCUCUACUAUUUAUAUAAAUAUUGUGUGCUUCGCUACAUUUCUCUUCGAUUUGAAUUUCAAGAUCGUAAACAUUGUGAUUUUUGAAAAGAGGCCAGCAGCCAGCGUUCCCUUUGUUAAAUUACGGCAUAAAAUAUUUAAAUUCGCUUUAAUUUGAUAUUCCCAAUAUGAGCCUAAUAUUAUUGUUUCUA